AAUUCUUCAUUUAUUUCACCCGCCAAAUAUUAAAAUAGAGAUUCCAUUAUUCUAUCCCUUCCACUGGAACAAUUUUGAACGGCGAGGAUUCAAUCGCAUAAUCCGCGGACGGCUUCCUGGCGGCGACGAAUUUGGACCCGUACCUUCCUCUACUCUGCAUUUCUCUCCUCCACCGUCCAUGGCGGAAUAGUCCAAAAGGCCUUCAGAGGUCUUUUUCAACGCCAGAAGAAACGACGGGGCUUCAGAUUCAGCUCUCCUCGGAGUUCUUUUCUUCUGAUCCGCAAACCCUAGGGUUGCAUUCCUUAGAUGGUACUGGUGAUUUGACUGACUGCCACACAGCUAUAAUUUGAACUUCUACGGUGAUAAUCAAAGCAGGCUCAGCUUGAUCUCAAGUGAUCAGCUGCCAUCUUGGGUGAACCUGUUACCUGUGCUGGGUUCAUCAUCCAUCGUAUUAUUUUAUGAUUUCUUGAUUAGUAACUGGUUCAGUGGACCAUAGCUUGAGCUAUGCAAAUUAUCUGUUGAAGGGUAUGCAAUUGGAAGAAAGGCCAUGCAUUUUCACCUUGCCCUCAUUUUCCAGCUUCUUGCUCACUGUUUGUUUUAGAGUUCUGGGUAGAAAGGGCAUUUUAUGUUGUGACAUUAGAAGAGACCAUGGAAGAAAGAUCAGAGAAAAGGUUCCCUAUUACUGCCAAGGAUUAUGAAUUAUACGAGGAGGUUGGAGAAGGUGUUAGUGCCACUGUUUACAGAGCUCGAUGUGUUCCACUCAAUGAGAUAGUUGCAAUCAAGGUUCUUGACCUGGAAAGGUGUAAUAAUGACCUGGAUGGGAUCCGCAGAGAGGUUCAGACAAUGUUCUUAAUUAACCAUCCGAAUUUACUCCGUGCACAUUGCUCAUUCACUACUGAUCAUAACCUGUGGGUUGUGAUGCCAUACAUGGCUGGUGGAUCUUGCCUUCAUAUAAUGAAAUCAGCUUACCCUGACGGUUUGGAAGAGCCAGUAAUUGCCACAUUAUUGCGUGAAGUCCUGAAAGCACUCGUGUAUCUCCAUUCACAUGGCCAUAUCCAUAGAGAUGUAAAGGCUGGGAACAUUUUAGUUGAUACCAGUGGUGCAGUCAAGUUAGCUGAUUUUGGAGUGUCGGCUUGUAUGUUUGAUACGGGUGAUAGGCAAAGAUCAAGAAAUACUUUUGUUGGGACACCCUGCUGGAUGGCACCGGAAGUAAUGCAGCAACUGCAUGGAUAUGAUUUUAAAGCAGAUAUUUGGUCACUUGGGAUAACAGCACUUGAACUAGCUCAUGGGCAUGCACCGUUUUCGAAGUACCCUCCUAUGAAGGUUCUGCUCAUGACGCUGCAAAAUGCACCACCAGGUCUGGACUAUGAAAGGGACAGGCGAUUCUCCAAGUCUUUCAAGGAAAUGGUUUCUGCAUGCUUAGUGAAGGAUCCAAAGAAGCGUCCCUCCUCAGAAAAGCUUUUGAAGCACCCCUUCUUUAAACAAGGACGUUCACAUGAUUACUUGGCACGUACCAUUCUUGAAGGCCUUCCCCCUUUAGGUGAUCGUUUUAGGAUGCUUAAGACCAGAGAAUCAGACGUUCUUGUACAGAACCAGGCAUUGUAUGAGGACAAGGAACACUUAUCCCAGCAAGAAUACAUUCGUGGAGUCAGUGCAUGGAAUUUCAACCUCGACGAUUUGAAGAACCAAGCUGCUCUUAUACCAGAUGAUGAAAUUUCUAGUACUGAAGAUCCUACUGGAAGUGGGACACUAAGAAAUAGACAUGAUGCUGGUUCUCCAAUAGAGAAACUAUCCUCCAACAUGGCUAAUCAUUUGAAUAAUAUGUCACAGGAGGAGGGUCUAGAUGACAUUCAGGAUCUGGAGGACUCACUUGCAGGGUUUCCCAUUAAACCCCUUCAGGCACUCAAGGGCUGUUUUGAUGUUUGCAAGGAUGACAUGGAUGGUGACAGCCCACGUUGGAAAGAUGUUGUUCCUUCUGAGUCUGAGCAGCAGAACUAUGCACAACCAUUGACCAACGAUGUGGAUCAUGAAGGUGGAAAGGAUAACGAGAAUCUAGGACAAAACAGCUCCUUGGCCCGUACUUCAAUUCAAGGGUGUAAAAAGUUUUCGAGUGGUUCACUACUACAGGAUAAUAAAAAGGGUAUAACUAAUGGAGAGAGGGAGUAUCAGCAGCCAAGAUAUCAAUCUGAACGAAACUACAGUGGUCCACUGCAGUAUAAUCACAAGAAAGAAACCGGGGAAGAUGCCUCUGAAGGAGCCAUUGUCAAACGUAGGGGACGUUUCCAAGUAACUUCAGCAGAUUUGAGUCCAAAGGGUCCUACAAACUGCUUUGUAAAUGCUGUCUCUGGAGGUUUGAAUGGCCCAACUGUUCCUGGUCCUAUGGCUUCUUCAGUUCUACCAUCAUUACAAUGCAUGCUGCAGCAGAAUAUGUUGCAAAGAGAAGAACUCAUUAAAAUGAUCAAGUAUGUGGAACAAACAUCUGUCAAUUCUGUAAACACAGUUGAACCUGGAAGUAAUGGCCCUUCACAGGCACCUUCUACUUCCUCAAGGGAGAGAGAUCUGAUGUGCCAGGUGAUCCAAUUGCAACAAAGUGCUGGAAACCUGAUUGAAGAGUUGCAAAGACAGAAGAUGAAAAAUGCUCAAUUGGAAAAGAGAUUAAGUGUUUUGGUCGAGAAAGAGGAACAAGGAUGAAUUGCUGCAAAUCUAAAACCUCAUUUUACUUCAUGUUGUUGCAGUGUUGGUAUGGUAUGUGUAUUAUGUAUUAUUUUAUAAUGUAAAGCUCAAUGUUGUAAUUUAAUUACUACAAAUAUGUUGUAAUUAAAUCUUAUGCAUUAAGGAUGUCAUCGUUAUAAAGUACGACACACUAUGGGCCAAGUAUACCAUAUGAUUUCCCAUUUUUUAAAUCAUUGGUUAUUUAUAGCUUUAAUGUAAAAGAGUUGAUUACUUAGGUGAAUCAUU